AUGGACGGAGUGAAAGAUUUUUCAAUCAAUGUUCCGACUAAAACAGUUAUUGUCAUCCAUGAUACGCUCUUGAUAUCUCAGUUGCAGAUAGUUAAGGCACUGAACCAAGCAAGAUUGGAGGCAAAUAUCAGAGCAUACGGGGAGAAAAAUUACCAGAAUAAAUGGCCAAGCCCAUAUGCGCUGCUUUGUGGUGCCUUACUUUUGCUGUCAUUUCUAAAGUACGUUUACAGUCCCUUGGAAUGGUUAGCUCUUGUAGCAGUUGCUGUUGGAAUCAUACCAAUUGGGUUAAGGGCAGUUGCAUCUAUACGCAAUCACACACUCGACAUCAACAUCCUCGUUGUCAUUGCAGUUGCUGGAUCAAUUGCUCUAAAGGAUUAUUGGGAAGCUGGCACAAUUGUCUUUUUGUUUACAAUAGCAAAAUGGUUAGAGUCAAGGGCAAGUCGCAAGGCGACUGCUGUCAUGUCAUCAUUGGUCAAUGUGGUACCUCAAAGAGCUGUCCUUGCAGAUUCGGGAGAAGAAAUCAAUGCUGAUGAAGUCAAGUUGAACACCAUUCUUGCUGUUAAGGCUGGUGAAAUUAUCCCCAUUGACGGAGUCGUUGUAGAAGGAAACUGUGAAGUAGACGAGAAAAUUCUGACCGGAGAAUCGUUUCCGGUGUCUAAGCAAAAAGAUUCGGUUGUUUGGGCUAGCACGAUCAAUCUCAAUGGCUACAUUAGUGUCAAAACUACCGCCGUUGCUGAAGAUUGCGUGGUAGCUAGAAUGGCGAAGCUCGUGGAAGAGGCUCAAAACAACAAAUCGAAAACGCAAAGAUUUAUAGACAAGUGUGCCAAGUACUACACACCAGUGAUAGUGGUGAUUUCUGCAAUUUUGGCAUUAGUUCCUGCUGCAUUCAAAGUUCACAACAAGAAAGAAUGGUACCACUUGGCUCUCGUUGUUUUGGUUAGUGGUUGUCCAUGUGCUCUUGUUCUUUCUACACCUGUCGCCAUGUUGUGUGCACUAUCGAAAGCGGCAACACUAGGUCUUCUGUUUAAAGGAGAGGAAUAUCUUGAAGCUCUUGCUUCAAUAAAGAUCAUGGCUUUUGACAAAACCGGGACAAUAACAAGCGGAGAAUUUGUUGUGGCAGAUUUCAAAUCUCUCUUGGAUGAUGUUAGCUUGAACACGCUUCUUUACUGGGUUUCAAGCAUUGAGAGCAAAUCAAGCCAUCCAAUGGCAUCUGCUCUGAUUGACUUUGCAAGAGAACGUUCUGUUGAGCCGAAGCCUGAAGAAGUUCAUAAAUUUGAAAACUUUCCCGGUGAAGGAAUUUGUGGGAAACUUGAAGAUAAUGAAAUCUAUAUUGGCAAUUGGAAAAUAUCUUCAAGAGCAGGGUGUACCACAGUUCCAACAUUAGACGGUCAUAAUCUAGAAGGAAAGUCUGUAGGUUACAUUUUCUUGGGAUCGUCUCUUGCUGGCAUCUUCAGUCUCUCUGAUGUAUGUAGAACAGGGUCAAAUGAAGCCUUAAAAGAGCUUAAUUUGAUGGGCAUUAAAACUGUUAUGCUUACUGGAGAUUCCUAUGAAGCUGCCAAGCAUGCACAAGAUCAGUUAGGGGGUGUUUUAGAAGUUGUACAUGCAGAACUACUACCAGAAGACAAGGCAAGAAUUAUUAAAGAACUCCAGAAGGAAGGUCCAACAGCCAUGAUUGGUGAUGGUGUGAAUGAUGCUCCUGCAUUAGCUACUGCGAAUAUAGGUAUCUCAAUGGGUGUUUCAGGCUCUGCGCUUGCAACAGAAACGGGACACGUAGUUCUCAUGUCCAAUGACAUUAUGAGGAUACCAAAAGCUGCACGUAUUGCCCGGAAAGUCCUAAGAAAAGUCAUUGAGAAUGUCAUAAUAGCAAUUACAACCAAGGCUGCAAUAUUAGGAUUGGCCCUUGCUGGUCAUCCAUUAGUUUGGGCUGCAGUUCUUUCGGACGUUGGGACGUGCUUGUUAGUUAUCUUCAAUAGUAUGCUUCUACUAGGAAAGACGAGACACGGGAAAAAAUGUCGCCAGACACAUGUCCACAAACAUAAAUGCAAGACUACAAGUGACAGUUCUUCUCAUAACCACAAGCCUUCUUGUUCUGAAAUUGAAUCAAAAAAGAAGUGUGAGGCUCAAACAUGCUCUUCCAAGAAGUGUGAAAGCAGGAAAUGCUCAAACUCUGCUGAAAAACAAGGUUGCUCUAAACAGAGUAAUCUACUCAACAAGGAAGGAGAUAUGGAUCAUCGGUGCUGUGAUCAUAAAGUCGUUCAACAUUUGGAACCACGGAGUGCUCACAAUCAUUCAGCACAUUUAAGUUGCAGCGAGGAAAAUAAAUGUGGAAACUCGACUCCGAGGAUCGACAUUUGCAAAUCUGACGAAGGGCUACACGACACACACUGUGAUAAUGACGACCAUAGUACCCCAACAUGUAAGAGUACUUCACAAUCAAUGGAAUCUGAUGACAACAAGAAUUCUGAAAACCAUUGCCUGGAAAACCAUUGUGUGAAUUCCAAGAAAGAUGAGUUUAGUGACAAAAAAAUAGGCAUCGCAGAGAGAAAAUGCUGUGCACAUACACACCAAAACGAGGAGGCUCAUUUGGGAUGUGAAAAGCAUGUUGCUGAAGGCGAUAAACACGCGCAUUUAACAAUCAACUCUUGUUCUGUGUUCGAUAAUAGCCAUAUAGGUGGAUGUUGCGACAGCUUCAGGAAGGAAUGCUGUGCCUCAAAUGCACAGUAUGGAUGUACAUUGAGAGGAAGCCUAUCAGAAAUUGUCAUUGAGUAG